AAUAUUCGCCCUUGAUUCUACUCAACUCUUCCAUUCAAAAAUUCAUUACCUCUAAUAAUUUAUGAACUAAUUAAUGUUUAUUGUUUUAUCAAACUAGUUUGAACUCAGAUGGGAGAGGUUGAAAAUUUUAUGUUCAUUUAUUUAAGAACAUUUAGAACAACCUAUGGAUAAUUUAUGUAUUAUUUUUUUAAGUUGAUACCUCAAAUUUUUAAUGUUCAGAUCUUGCUUAUUUUCUUAAUUAUUUUUUUAAACUUUUCUUAUUGUUAAGAUACUUUCAAAGUUUAAUUAGUACAAAAUGUCUACAAAUGACAAUAGUAAGAAACUGGCUAGGUGGUACUUUGGCGGCCUAGGAUCUGCUGGUGCUGCAUGUUGCACUCAUCCACUAGACCUUCUUAAAGUUCAUCUUCAAACACAACAAGAAGGAAAAUUAUCUGUGAGCCGUUUAGCUAUAAAAAUAGUUAAGGAACAAGGUGUGUUUUCUUUAUAUACUGGAAUUUCAGCUUCAUUAUGUCGUCAAUUAUCAUAUUCUACUGUACGAUUUGGAAUAUAUGAGGUUGGUAAACAGGCUAUGACAAAACCUGGAGAAAAUGUUUCAUUUUAUAAAACUGUUAUUUUAGCUUCAGUAGCUGGAGCUGCUGGAGGUUUUGUUGGUACACCAGCUGAUAUGAUUAAUGUAAGAAUGCAAAAUGAUGUUAAAUUACCAGUGGAUAGUCGGCGAAAUUAUAAGCAUGCAUUUGAUGGCUUCAUAAGAGUUUGGAAAGAAGAAGGGUUUACUAGACUGUUUUCAGGUGCAUCAACAGCAACAAUGCGUGCAGUGCUAAUGACUGUUGGUCAAUUAUCAUUUUAUGAUCAAGUCAAACAAAUGUUAUUAGCAACUGGUUUCUUUGGUGAUAACUCUACAACACAUUUUUUGUCAAGUCUUACUGCAGGUGCUGUUGCUACAACACUAACACAACCAUUGGAUGUUUUAAAAACACGUGCAAUGAAUGCUAAACCUGGAGAAUUUUCGGGUAUGCUUGAUUUGGUAAAGUACACUGCAAAGCUAGGACCUAUGGGGUUUUUCAAAGGCUAUAUUCCUGCUUUUGUUAGAUUGGCCCCUCAGACAAUAUUAACUUUUGUAUUUUUAGAACAACUUAGAUUGAAUUUUGGCUAUCAUAAAGUUUAAUAGAUGCCAGUAAUUAAUACUAGUCAUAUAAAUUUAAAUCAAAGAAAAAUUGUGAUGAUAAUUAUUUUCAUUUUAUGUUGAUUUGAUAUUUCUAAUUGAAAAUUAACUUAUGUAACUGUCUUUGUAUUCUUUAAAUUGAAAUAUUUGGUUGCUUAAAGAAUUGUAUUAAUAGUAUUAAUUUAAAUGGUGAGUUUUAGACGCGGUUACUAGAUUUAUGUGGUUUUCAUAGGAAAUUGGUAUUUUAACUAAAUUUAACAUAUUGUUAUAAAAAAGGUUUUUAUAAUAAAACUCAUAAAUUUAUUCUUUUAUAAAAUGAUCAUUUAUUUUCUUAAUUUUUAACUACAUUUUUUUGCUUAAAAUAUUACCAAAAUCUUUAAUUUCUCACUUCCUUUGACAUUUAGUAAAUUAUUUUAUAAUUUGUUAACUUCUCAUAUAAGCAUAACUUUAUAAAAAUUAGUAUUUUUGAGAUAGAAGAUAUUACUUUAAACUUUUUUUUUUUAUUAAAACUUUUGUUAUUAAAUACUCAACAAAUAGUCUAUUUUUAUGUAUUUAAAGGUUCAAUAACAUUUUCUGUGCUCUCUAGUUUAACAAAUAACAAUGCUCUUGUAGUUUUAUUAAAUAUCUUUUAAAUUAAUCAUUGUCAUCUUAAUACACAGAUUCUAUUAUAUUUAAAAAUAAUCAACAUUACUUUUAGGCUUAUAAUAUGACAUUUUACUAUUACUAAUUUUUAAUUUAUAAUGUAUAGAAAAUACCAUUCCAUAACUUUUUUUUGUUGAAAUAUGAUUUUUGUUAAAUUUUUUUCCAAAUUUAUUGUUAACU